AUGCCGUCCGCGGGUGUGUGUAUGCGGACCCUCAGGGCAUAUUCCAAGUAUGGCUCGAAUCAUGCCCUCCUCUUCGCCCGCGCCUUCUCGGCGACCUCGCGGCGGUUCGAGAUCAACAAAGUCUACCCGUCUGCCGCCAAGGCUCUCGAGGACAUGAAGCCCAACACCACCCUCCUCUGCGGAGGGUUCGGGCUGUGUGGUGUUCCCGACACGCUCAUCGACGAGAUCCUCCAGAAGCCCGCCAUCAAGGGCCUGACGGCCGUGUCCAACAACGCCGGAACGGACAACAGCGGGCUGGGCAAGCUGCUCAAGACGAAACAGAUCAAGAAGAUGAUCGCCAGCUACAUCGGCGAGAACAAGACGUUCGAGCAGAUGUACCUGACGGGCGAGGUGGAGCUGGAGCUGACGCCGCAGGGCACGCUGGCCGAGCGGUGCGCGUCGGGCGGGAAGGGCAUCCCGGCCUUCUACACGCCGGCGGCGUUCGGCACGGUGGUGCAGACGGGCGACCUGCCGCUCAAGAACAAGGCCGACGGGACGCCGGACCAGUACAGCUACCCCAAGGACGUCAAGGUGUUCAACGGCAAGAGCUACCUCCUCGAGCACAGCAUCGACGGCGACUACGCCUUCGUCAAGGCCUACAAGGCCGACAAGCUGGGCAACUGCCAGUUCCGCCUGGCCGCCAACAACUUCAACGGCGCCAUGGGCCGCAACGCCAAGAUGACCAUCGUCGAGGCCGAGCACAUUGUCGAGCCGGGCGAGAUCCCGCCCGAGGCCGUCCACCUGCCGGGCAUCUACGUCAAGCGCGUCAUCCAGAGCACGGCGGAGAAGAGCAUCGAGAAGUUCACCUUCUCCAAGGAGCCGGGCGAGGAGGAGGGCGCGGCGGCGUUGGGCACGGGCGACACGGCGGCCAAGCGGGAGCGCAUCGUGAGGCGGGCGGCCAAGGAGUUCAAGAACGGCAUGUACGCCAACCUGGGCAUCGGCAUGCCGAUGCUGGCGCCCGGGUUCGUGGGGCCCGAGGUCGAGGUGCAGCUGCAGAGCGAGAACGGCAUCCUGGGGCUGGGCCCGUACCCGCGCAAGGGCGGCGAGGACGCCGACCUGAUCAACGCGGGCAAGGAGACGGUCACGCUCAAGCCCGGCGCCGCCGUCUUCGGCAGCGAGGAGAGCUUCGGUAUGAUCCGCUCCGGCCGCAUCAACCUCACCAUCCUGGGCGCCAUGCAGGUCAGCGCCACCGGCGACCUGGCCAACUGGAUGCUGCCCGGCAAGGUCAAGGGCUUCGGCGGCGCCAUGGACCUCGUCAGCAACCCCAGCGCCACAAAGGUCGUCGUCACCAUGGAGCACACCGACAAGAAGGGCCGCCCCAAGAUCAUGAAGCAGUGUGCCUUCCCCCUGACCGGUCGGGCCUGCGUGUCUAGGAUCAUCACGGAGCUGGGUGUUUUCGAUGUCGAUUUCUCCCACGGGCUCACGCUCAUUGAGAUUUCCGAGGGCGUGACGGUGGACGAGAUCAAGUCCAAGACCGAGGCACCAUUCCGGGUGGCGGAUGACCUGAAGCCUAUGCUGUAA